AUGGAUAAUGUUUCUGUUGUAAGGGUUUUUAUGCUGACUGGGUUAAAUGAGACAAUGAAUUACAGAGUAGCUCUAUUCACCUUCACUUUACUGUAUUAUUGUAUUAUUUUGUUUUUCAAUAUCUCUCUCAUCAUGAUCAUUAUUUUAGAUGCAAACCUGCAUGAACCGAUGUACAUCUUAUUGUGCACUUUUUUCAUAAAUGGACUUUAUGGGACUGCAGGUUUCUACCCCAAAUUCCUCUUCGAUCUACUGUCAUCUUCCCAAGAAAUCUCAUAUGAAGGAUGCCUUUUACAGGCUUUUAUCAUGUACUCGUUUGCUUGCUCUGAUUUGUCCAUUCUAGCAGUUAUGGCCUACGACAGAUAUCUGGCUAUAUGUCGACCGCUGCACUACCACUCUUUAAUGACUAAGAGGAGGCUCUCACAGCUGGUAUGUUUCUCCUGGCUGACACCUUUCUCCAUGUUCUCCAUCAACAUUGUGCUAACGUCACGACUAAAGUUAUGUGGUACAAACAUUCGCAGACUGUUAUGUGUGAACUGGAUAAUUGUUAAACUUGCGUGCCCUGAAGCUGACACCUUUUCAAACGGUGUAGUUGCAUAUUUGACAAUUGUCUUGUAUGUGUCUCAUGGUAUUUUCAUACUUUGGACUUACAUGCAUCUUAUCUCAACUUCUGUGAGGUCCAAAGAUGACAGGGCAAAGUUCAUGCAGACAUGUGUGCCCCAUUUAGUCUCUUUAACCACAUUCCUGGUUACAAUAGUUUUUGAUUUGAUGUACAUGCGAUUUGGCUCCUCAGAUUUACCUCAAAGCUUUCAAAACUUCAUCGCUAUAGAAUUUCUGCUUAUUCCUCCUGCUAUGAAUCCUAUAAUAUAUGGAUUUAAACUGACCAAAAUACGAAAUAGAAUUCUGGGUUUAGUUUAUGAUAAAAGACAAUGA